ACAUUUACUAAAUAUAUCAGUUAGGAUUCAGUGUUGACCGAUUAAACAUCAAACAAGAUGCUUUAUCUGGCUGCAUCAGUAGCUAUACCUAUUGUUGGAAUUGGCGUCUAUCUUAAAUUUUUUCGGUCUUCGAAACGUCCCAAUUAUCCAAAGGACAUUGUCUAUGCUCAUAUUGGUCCCAGGGGUCCUUAUGCCCCAUCUCUUUCACCUUUUGCAAUUAAACUCGAACUAUUUAUGAAGAUAACAAAUAUCGAAUAUGAAGGGGAACUGCAUGAUAUUGUUAUGAGUUCGAAAGGAAAAUUUCCCUGGAUUUCGUAUAACGAAGAUGACGUUACUGAUUCCCAAUUCAGUAUUGAGUAUAUGAAAAGGAAAUUUAAAGUGGACCUAGAUCACGAUUAUACACCUGCCGAAUUAGCAAUUGGCAGAGCUAUGCAGAAAAUGGCUGAGGAAAACUUGUAUUGGUGUUUAGUUCUGGAAAGGUGGGUCUAUCAAAAAAUACCGAAGCUUUGGACCAUCUCUAAAAUACCUCAGCAUGUUAUCUGGAUUGUAAAAAAAGGUCAGAUAAAAAAUGCUUAUGGUCAAGGAAUGGGUAGACAUACUGAAGAGGAGGUUUUUGAUAUUGCACGCAGAGACCUAAAAGCCCUUUCAGAUUUUCUCGGUGAUAAAAAGUUUUUAUUGGGCGACAAGAUCACUGAAUUCGAUUGCGCAAUUUUUGGCCUGCUUUGCCAAAUAUAUUAUCAUUCUAUGGAUGGAUGUUUAAACGCCUAUAUGACCAAAGAAUUGAAAAAUCUGUGCGACUAUGUUCUCAGAGUUAAGGAAACGUUUUGGCCAGACUGGAAUGAAUGUGUCCAAAUCCAAGACCAUAGCGGAAAAAAGACUAAUUAA